UAUUUCCGCCGAAGACGCAGUUGCAAUCCAGCAGCCGAAUUCGUAGCCGUAUUACAAUUGCGCGUAGUCUGAAGUAUCUGCGCAUUGAUCAGAAGUUAUUCCUUAUAUUUAAUUAACCAUGACAGUUAUUACAAAGCCAAUAUCUGAAAACAAAGUUGAUAAACCUGUGGAGAAACCAUUGGUCGUCAGCGUUGGAGAUGGAGUGGUUUCCGAGUGCCUGGAGGCCGGUAGCGAACGUCUCAACGGAGACCUCCUACAGCCGCCACCCGGCCGGCCAGACGAGGAGGAGCUGUGGUCGUGGAGCAGCGUGAGCGCACGUCGCCACCGUCGUGUGUCUGUCACGACGACCGUGUGCCUCUUCGUCGGCGCCCUCGUCACCCUAGCGGGGAUCAUCAUCGGUGGGGUGUGCGUGCAUCGUCACCUCACGCAGAACAAGGUGGCCCGCUUCCACGGCUGGUGCGGCGUUCCAUUCAACCACACGCGCCUCAGAGCUCUGCCGCAGCCCAUGCACCAGCACCACCUACAGCAGCCUGCGUCUCGUCAUUGGCCGCGCGACGCGGACGGGUUGUUCAGCCAGCGCUUCGACCUGGACCUCGGCAGCGACUCCUACGAGUACAUCUACGUUCCUGACUUCGGCAUCGGCAGGGAGGGCAAGUUCGUCCAUGACUACAAACUGAACCUGACGGCCAUCGUCGACGAGGACGGGAAGCGGUGCUUCGUCUUCCCUCUGGACCAUCUUCUUGUGUCCACCCCGGGCGACACCUUCGCGAUCAUCCGGCGCAUGAAGCAAGGCUUCUACGAGGGCAACAUGGCUGUGGUGAGGGAGAUGCUACGUGUGGUGAGGCCGCCCCUGCGAGACCUGUCGUCCACGGGGCCCUACAUCACCUCCGCCUGCCACGACUACACCACAUAUCGCCUCGAGAAACGCGUACAUGUAAAGACUAUUCGCUUCGAACGUUCGGUCGACACUCCUGAGGAACGCGAAGAGUUUGCUCCGCUGGUGCAGACGCCUAAUCACUUCACCGUCGCUGAAUUCACUGGCAAGGCCAUUGUUGAGUACACGGUCCUAGACGAGUAAAAGGCGUUUGUGACGAAUAAAUCAAGCCCCAGACUGGUAAACAAACUUAUUGAUAAAUUAAGUAGGUCCUCGGUGAGUAAGAAAGUUUUAGACGAGUAGUAAAUCGAGUUCUCGACGAGUUGAUAUCGUUGUUGACGUGUACGGCUGCUGAAAGAUACACGUUGUUGCGACCAUGUUAUAAUUGAAUCGUUAUGGUUUUAAAUGAAUUGGCUGUUCAGUUAACUAAAAUUAAUAUUUGCAUGAUUGGUAGUUGGUACAACCAAAUCUUGGACAGACGUGGGCUGUGGUGACGAGAUCGGCUAAUGGCGUCUAUGUUUUUGGGACAAUGACUUUGCAACUGGCGAUUAUUUGAACGAAAAGGAAGGUAAUGCAUAAAAUUUGUUGAUAUUAGUAUUAAUUAAUGACUUGAGGAGAAGAAAACGCGUGAUUGAUCGAAGCUAUCCGAUCUUUUUAGGUCCAAAUAGCACUAGAAAUGUGAAAUGUCGUACAUGAAGAAACAAAGUUUUCGUCAGAAAAAAAGAUCGACCAUAAAGAUUAGAUUUAGCAACUUGAAAUUGAGGUUGUGGUGUGUUUCGGUUAUCAAUUUCAAGCCGAAACAUGGAAGAACGUCGAGUUAAUAAAAGACUGGCUAAUGUUCGAGGCGACUUGCAACCUGAGAGAUCACCAGUUUUUAGUGUUAAGCUGUCACGUUAUAGAAAUUUUAACAUAGAUCUAUUUAUCCUCCAAUAUUACGCUCAUUGUUCUCAGUGUUACCGUUGGUAAUUUGUGUAAUAUUGUCGUAGUGCUUCAAUGUCAUGGGAAAUCUAUAGGCAUAUCCCAGUUAUUUACAGCAGCACUUGCGAGGGCCUUCAAUAAACUCGAAAACUCGACUUGUUUAAACAAGCGUGGGACAAAUUACUCGUUGCUCUUCACGAAAGAUAAAUUACAUUACAAAUAUAAAAAAUCUUAAAUCAUAUGUUGAUCCUGAAAAAGCAUCAGAAAAACACAGUGAGCAUUCUUUAGUGAACAUAGACAAUGAAUGGUGUGAGAAAUUCUAUUCAUCACAGUGUUUACCUUUCACGUGUGAAUUUCUUUUGUUGAGGUGUUACAGGCCUUUAGAUUUUGUGAGUACCUGCCCAUACAACUAGUGGUCAUUGUUAAUUGACCAAAAUUUAUUAUUAUCAUUAUAAUAACUACCUUCUUGAUUCAGUAUUCAACGGCUUUUAAAUGAGUCUCUAAUUCGAUCAUAAUUAAGGAUUUUAUACCUAUAACUAAGCCUGUUUCUAAAUGUUCCCCGUGAAUGUCGUAGAAAUAUCGCAGGUUACAUGCUGUACGUGACGUGAUCAAUUUCCAUGGCCAAAGAUGUCGCGGAUCCGCGAAUAUCAAAGACCAAAAUCAUGAUUUAUUGUCGUAAAAACAAUUAAUUGGGAGGCAGAAUUUGAAACAUUCAAUGCAUGAAUAAUAAGUCUUUAUUAUAUUCUAAGGUUAAAAUACGUAGUUACCGUGUUAAUAACUUAUGAGGUAACCGCGCAAUUUGAUAUUUGCGAUUACUUAUUCGCAGGAGACUUUGAUUACUUAUUCGCAUUUCGUACUUUGGGUCAUUAAUCUAUUAUUUAUAACAGGAAUUUUAAGACGAGAAGUUACCACUUAAAUUGUUUUGUCAUGAUGUCAAUAAAAGAUCAAUAAUGGUCGGUUAGGAGGCACGUCUAGAGCAAGUAAUUCAUUCAUAUUCAAUUUAUUAAUAGGCUACAAUCAGUAGUCUAUAAUACGGCUCUCAUUGCCACUAAUCGGAAUUGGAUUAAAUUUCGAUUAUGAAACGAAACAUUAUCUCCUUCGUGUUGAAUGUUUCUAGUCACUUACAGGCAUUAGCGUUGCCACCAACAGUCGCAGGUCAACUCGCUGUUCAAGUUUUAGACGGUUUAUUACGUAGCUUUUAGUCUACAUUAUAAUCUGGUUGAGAUAACGCUUUCUUUAGUUAGGAGCAUUUCACCUCAGCAAUAUAUUAUUGCUGAUUAUGUAUUCGCAUUGUUAAGUUUAUUUCCCGAUUUCUUUUCAUUGCAUUUGGAGGUUAUCUCAUGCAUAGAUUGCUGACCUAAUCAAUGCGUUUAGCUUGGUAAAUUAUAAUACUGAUAAAAAAAUAUUCAACAGAUUUCAAGCACGGUGUUAUCUACCUAAAUCCGCUACCAAAGAUGAAUAAUUAUUAUAAUUAACUGCAUACUUUUCCUUUAAUUUCAAGUAGAAACGACAAAUUUUCCUAUUCCUUCUUGAUAAUUCGUUAAUACAGUUUAUUGUCAAUCUCGCAGAAAGCCCCUUCAACCAUUAGAACAUUAAAAAACAAACAAGAAUAAGUAGGAGUUCAUCAAAACGAUUCCUCUUUCCUUUCAAUAAAUAAUCAAUGGUUGUAGGGGAUUUCUUAUCCAGUCAAUUUUAAAAGAAGAUAUUUGUGUGACGAACACUAAACCUAUGGCGAAUUUGACGAAAUUCAUCACUGGAUAAAAUAUUAAACAAAAACCGUUGUACCGGGUUAACUAACACAAAUAAUUGUAGGGAUAAUAAAGAACAAUCACGUACAUGAUUAUUACUAGACUGAGCUACAUGAAGGAGACGAGCUCGACCCUCCCAACUGGCGACAGCAGCAGCAAUUUUCGAGUAAAUUUCAAGUCUCAAACCAA